AGGAUAACAUUUUCAUCAACAACUUGGCAACCAUCAGGAGCAGCAGCAGCAGUGAAUGCCUGACCAAAGCCCUGGGAAUCAGCAGUGAGGGUUCCUUGGAAAGCAAUGAGGAUUCUGACCAUGCAAACAGUCCUCCUAGUCGAAAACAAGCCAAGAGCUUUAAGAUGAAGAUCCGCUACAGCAACAGUGACAGCCAGUGGACCCACUGCCCAGGGAAAGCUGGGGGCUCUAGCCAGCACCUAAUCCUUCCUGAUGCCCCUGCCUAUACAGGGCCCCAGGACCUGGCAACAUUCCUGGAACAGAUUGGGUGUCUGAAGUACCUGCAAGUGUUUGAGGAGCAAGACGUUGACCUCCGGAUCUUCCUGACCCUCACAGAGAGUGACCUGAAGGAAAUAGGCAUCACGCUCUUCGGACCAAAGAGGAAGAUGACUUCUGCCAUCGCCCGAUGGCACAGCAACGCUCGGCCGCCCAGUGAUGCCCUGGAGCUGGCCUACGCGGAUCGGCUGGAGGCUGAGAUGCAGGAAUUGGCCAUUCAGCUGCACAAGAGGUGCGAGGAGGUGGAGGUGAUGAAGGGCCAGGUGUGCCAGGAGCAGAAGCUGCGUGCGGUGGCUGAGAGCUGUUUGAUGGAGCGGGAUGAGGCCUGGAAUGCCAUCCAGUGCCAGCUCAGAGAGGUGCAGGCCAUCACCAAGGAUGCUGGAGUCCUGCUGGAUCAGAUCAAGUCCUGUCAGGCAGAGCUGUCCUCCCGGCUAACCCGAGGGCAGGCAGUGGGAGUGCUGGACACAGAGGGGCAGCUGGGCACCGGGGAGAGCCGGCGGCCUGGUGAGCGUCCGGUGCUGGAAGGAUGGCCACCUUCCUUGAAGUCUCUGAGCUUGCCUGAGCUGUCAGCUGUCCUAGAGGAGUGUGUGGGAGAAAUGGGAAAAGCUCUGCAAACUGUGACUCAAAACCUCCAAAGGCUCCAAGCCCCGGGGCAGGGCGAGCAGAGCUGGCUAGAGCCAUAA